UUUUUUCUGUAAGUUUAGCCAUUGAUGAAAUAAAAACGAAAAAAAAAGAAAUUUAUACAAAAAUAGACUUUAGUGACCUGUACUAACCCACUAGUGUAAGAUACAGUUACGUUGUAGUAUGCACUUUUGUAGAACGCUUAAUUAUAAGUAAUUUGCAACCUUGAACGAUAUGAUAGCACAAAAUACCGCUGAGUUAUAGAAAUUUUAAAUAACAAAUCUAAAUUUACAUGUGUUUUAAACGGGAAAUCUUCUCAGAUUAUUGUAGAGCACGUAAUAUAAAAAUUAAGUGCUCAUAUUUUUUUUGGGGAAUUUACAAAAAAAUUUUGGGAUGGCAGCUAAAAAAAAAUAGUAAGAAAAAAACCUAAUAUAUAUAUAUACACAUACAUACUUGUAACAAAAAUUAAACUAUUGCAAUUAGAUAUAAUGCUUACUUGAUGCAGAAUUGAUAAAUGGUUUUGUAGCAUCACAAGUUGGGGUUUUUCUCUCUUCUUUAAGUUCAUGCAACCCAUAUAAAUUACCAAAAUAUGUAUGAUUUAGUAAAUAACCGUGUUAAUUGCAAAAAUAUUGUACCUAAAGUAAAUAUAGCUGUUCUUGUCAUUUAUGGAGUACAAUUAUGUAGGCUACUCCCACUUGGACGUCUUGACUGGUUCGCCAACGUUUCGGAUUAUUCAGGAAGAAGAAGAUAUCAAAGGCACAGUGGUAAUUCCGUUUAUAAGUGGGUUGACCGAACGCAUAGCACGAGUAGCAAGAAAAUACGGUACAAGGACGGUUUUCCCAACAGUGAAGAAGUUGGAAGAAAUUUUCCGGAGUCCAAAAAAUGAACUACCGAAACUACAAACACAUGGGGAAUCUACGGAACUCCAGUAUACCUGUGGUACAUCGGUCCAACAAAACGACCUCAAGUCAUGUAAAUACAAUACCCCACCUAAGUUUCAAUAAUUUUUUAGCAGUAAGUUAUACUGUUGUAUUAAUUAAACAAGUAUAUGCCUUGUAAAUGUUCACUACUUUUAAGUGCCAGGCAAUAUGUUUUAAAAUUAUAGCGAAGUUUGUUUCACAGACGCCAUUGAAUAAUUUAUUUUUCCUUUAACAAUUAAA